AUGGCGGUAUCUCAAAGCAAAGACCUCCCUUCUUCCUCGUACUUUUCUGCUUUUGCGGCAAAUUAUCUUCAACAAACCGGAAGAAGCACGUACCGUGUCCUUGACUUGGCCAUUGAUAGUAUUCAAGCCACAAAACCUAUAACCAAAGACUCGGUGGUUCAUGAUAAUGCUGCCGGUCCGGGAAUCGCAGCCUUGGUUCUUGUUGACAGACUCGCGGCUGAUGAGCUGCCUCAGAUACUGGUGACGGAUAAUGUACCUCCAAUGGUCCAAGCCGCCAAAGAUCUUUUUACUUCGCUCCCACAGCUUGAAGCGAAGGUUCUUGACUCGCAGAGUCUAGAGGGAAUUCCUGAUCAGCACUUCACACACAGCAUCCUCAACUUCAGUGUUUACACGCUGGCCGACCCCGUAAAAGGCGUCAAGGAGAUCUACCGUACGCUCCAGCCUGGUGGGCUAGCUGUCAUCUCCUGCUGGAAACGCUUCGGUGUUGGUGAGCUCAUCCACGCUGCCCAAGCCAUUGUCCGACCAGACCUUGCACCUCUGAAAAUGCCCCAUCCUGAGUUCUUUGAACCAGGUGUUCUGGAAAAGACGACGAUCGAAGCUGGGUUUGACUCUUCCAAGUUCAAACUUGUGGAGGACAGUAUCGUCGUCAGUGGGCCUGAACUGGAAGAGGGACUGAAAAAGUUUAUGCUUGGAGAUCUGAUGCGUCCUGCUCGAGCGGGAUAUAGUGGGGAGGAGGAGAAGAAGUGGCCAGAGGCUGUUGAUGAGGUACUCAAGAAGGAAGUAGGAUCUCACGGGGGAAUCAGAUUUGAGAGCUGGGUUCUUCUAGCUCAGAAGUAG